AUGGACCUAUUUCCUGAUGGACCCUUUCCAUACAAAGCCCUUGAACAAGAUGAGAUACGACUAAUCCAUGUUCAGUCCAGCGACACAGAACUGAUCUCUCUUGACCUUCGCACUGUACAAGCUCCAGCUAACCAAAGAUUCUGGGCUUUGUCAUAUGUGUGGGGACCAACCGACAACCCUGCCACGGUUCUCCUCAAUGAACAACCAUUCAGCAUCACAAGGAAUCUUUAUCAUGCUCUCUAUGAGUAUCGGCGCUAUAUAUUCACGAAUGAACUAAAUGCGACAAGUGCAUGGUUAUGGGUCGAUGCUAUCUGCAUCAACCAGAAUGAUCAAGUCGAAAAAUCCGUCCAAGUUCCCCGCAUGUCAGAGAUUUACGGUAAAUGCGAGCGCGUACUAGCAUGGCUAGGCCCGGUUGACGACGAGGAGGAGAUGCCAGUCUGCAAAUUAGCAGAGAAGUUGAUUAAUUUUGUAUCAUCGGUUGACCAAGAUCAUAUCGAAGACAAUCGGAUCGCAUCAUUUCUGAAGCUUGGGAAGUCAGGUGCUGAACCUGCGGCUGAAGUUGAGUUGGUUCGAAAGGCAUUGAGAUCAAUUGGUCACCGCCCAUGGUUUCGACGAAUCUGGAUUCUUCAAGAGGCUGUUCUGGCACAGAAAGCGCCUAUAUUGCUUUGCGGACAGCAUGAAUUUGGGUACGACAUUUUUUUCAAGACUUGGGUUCUGAUGCUCAAUCCGUCAGAGGAUGGACAACUUCUUUAUUCAUUCAUGACGGAGAACCCUGUCAGGUUCAAAGCUAUCGAAUUAGCGUACAAGAAGAUUUUGCAGAACAGAAGCGAAACUGAUCAAGAACAAAAGAAAGACUUGGUCGCUCAACAAAAGCAGUGCGCGAUUGACAUCUUGAAGCUGUUGAAUGAAGCGACCGAGUUGGAGGCGACUGUUCCUCAUGACCGUUUGUAUGCACUACUUGGUCUUUUGGCUUGUGAUCCCUUACCACGAGCUCUUCAACCGGAUUAUACAAAGUCUUUUGAGAGACUUUGCUACGAUUUCGUGGUGUUUAUCCUCGAACAAACGAAAGAUGUCCGGGUCUUGAACCUAGGCACAGCAGGCUGCUUUACAGACGUGCCCUCUUGGACUCCCGAUCUCCGAGAGAACUGGAUGGCAAAGGCAAAUCUCGCGCCUAGUCGUGCAAGUUUCUUUCGAAUGGCACCAAAUAGAAAGAUUCUUACAUUGCCUGCAAUCAUACUUGGUGUGUGUAUCUCAACCAGCAGUCCUGUUACUCCAGAUACAGAUUCUGGCAUUAUACCAACGUCAGCAUUUUUACGAUUCGACGAAUCUAUCAUCGCACCGGCUGCAGCGAUACGGAGAGUCACUCGCAUGUCGGUUAUGACUGAGUGGCUCAAAUACCACUUUUCAAGCAUAUAUACCGAUACACAAUUGGAACAAAAUCCUGCAAUUGUGCAACGGAUUAUGCUGGCAUAUACUUGUAUGGUCCAUCAUCAGCCCAUCUCGUCUCUUGGUACGAGAUAUGGUACUGAAGAACAGUUACAGGGUGCAUUUGGUAUGGUGACAGACCCAAUCAUUCAAAAAGCCUUGGUUGGUUGCAGUAAUUUCGUCUUACAAGAUGGAACAGGAGGAAGGCUACUUCACGAUACUAACAUGGCAGUCAUCGGAGAUAAGAUUUGCGUUUUCCAAGGUCUUUCUACUCCCUUCUUGAUAAGAUCGAAUGACGCAGGUACGGAUUGGAGGAUCAUCGGCCAGGUUUCGAAAUGGGAAACAAACGGAGCAUAUCUACCUGAGGAAGUACUGGAACGAUAUCAUCAGUCAUUCGAACAAUAUCACUUGGGGAAUGCGACUGAGUAUAACGUCAAGAUGUUAGACCUACAAUAA